AUGCCGCCAAAGAAAGCUGCCAAGCAAGUACAGGCACGGGGAUCUGAAGCCGAAGAUCUGAUUGAAGAGUACCUGGUGUCUCAGUAUAAGCCAUUUGCGAUCAACGACAUUGUACAGAACCUGCACAACAAAGUGGCGAAAACAGCAGCGGUUAAGGCUUUGGAGAGUCUUGCAAGUGCUGGUAGGAUUACUACAAAGAGUUUUGGCAAGAUUGUGAUCUACGCAUGUAAUGAGAAGGAGUUGGAGUUGCCCGACGGUGUUCAGGAGUCGGAGUAUAGACCAGAAACGCUUGCUCAGUGGAGGAAUGAGCUGGCAGAAGUUGAAAAGGAUAAUUUACAGGCCCAAGAGGUUUGGCAGAAAGUGGCGAGAGAACCUACAAAUGAAGAAUUGCCCCGGUUGAUCAAGCAAAAUUGUCAGACUGCACAACAAUUGCGUGAUAAGUUAAGCGAGCUGCAAACAAAUUGGGAACCACAAGAUGAAGUAGUUGUGGAACGAUUGAUGGCAGUAGAAGCGCAGGUUGAUAAACAAUUGAAGUUGAGAGCGCGAUUGGUUAAGAAUUUACUCGCGUUGAUUAAAGAUAGCGUUAGACCUUCGAAUAUGGCCGAGUUUCUAGUAAGUACGGUGGAACUACCUGGAUUCGCUGCAUGCAGUAAUACUAACUCAUUGAUAGGAAGAUAUCGGUUUUGA